AUGGAAGAAUCAAAUGAUCAAAUGGUAAAUGGAUAUAACACAAGCCCAUCUUUAUCAAUUUCUUCUUCAUUAUCACAAUCACGAGAACUUGCUGAGAAUCCCCAACUCGAACCGGAAAAGAAAUCUAGUCGUGAAGCAAGUCGCAUUUUGGGAACUGUAAAGUGGUUUAAUGCCAAAAACGGCUACGGAUUUAUCACACGUGAUGACACAGGUGAAGAUGUUUUCGUUCAUUUCACGGGAAUUUCUCGGAAGAAUCCGGCACAUUUGAUAAAGUCACUCGGAGAUGGUGAAGCUGUUGAAUUUAAUAUUCUGGCAACGAAUGUAACAGCACCAGGUAGAAGACCUGUUCGUGGCAAUCCUUAUGUCAGUUACAUUCCUGUUCGUCGUACUGAUUCCUAUGCUUCCGGUGAUCCUGGAAUGUUUUCUUCUAAUCGAUAUCGACGUUCACUUGACAUGGGCAAUUCACGCAUUCCACGAUGGAAUCCAAAUUGGCAACGUCGCUUCUAA